AUGACCGCCGCUUCAUCAUCAAGCACUACGGGAACCAUGACUGCGUCACGUACAAAGCGGCUUGUAGGCGCGACGCACACAGUCACAGCCGGCCUCAAGGGCCUCACUUUUGAUCCUGAUAAUCUUGUCGCGGAGGUUGGCGACAUUAUCGAAUGGCAUUUCUUUCCUAAAAACCACUCUGUUGCCAAAUCUGAUACGUACGAUCCCUGUGCUCCAACAAGCGACGGUUCGUUCUUCUUUUCUGGUUUCGACUUCGUUACCCCGGAAGGACCGGCCGAUAAUGUUUUUCAGAUCACCAUCAAGGAUAAACAGCCCAUUUGGUACUACUGCGCCCAAAACGCCGGCCAGCACUGUAAGAAUGGCAUGGUUGGCGUUAUCAAUCAGCCACCCGUCAAUGAUGCCUUCCACCUCGAAAAGCACAAGGCGCUAGCUGCUCAGAAGAACGAUUCUAUCAUCCCACCUAGUCAGAAGGGUGGCGUAGUCUCAAGUCGACCCAACGAUAUCACAGGAAUCACGGAACGGAGGAUUAUCAGCCGUGGCAGUUAG